AUGGCCGACCUACAGACACCUACUGAAGCAACGCUUCUGUCGACGACCGAGUACACCACUCCAGCCUCCAAAGAAGCAGCCACACAAGUCUCCCUCGUGGAAGCCCCAGUGACCACUACCACCGCAUCUACAGAGACCGAGCCGGCACCUGCCUCCACGGCGACGACGACGGCGACGGCGACUGUCAAUGGGAUCCUUACUAACGGCACUACACCCGCGCCCGCCCCUGUGGGCAACGUGAGGGAGGAAGAUGACCUGCCACUGUUUUCCCCGUCACUCAUUUCCGAAGAAGUCAUGUCCCGACUGCCAGAGGGCUACACAAUUCGCCCUCUCCGACGAAGCGAUUACUAUGGAGGCUUUCUCCCCACCCUCCGCGUCCUCACCACCGUGGGCGAACCCACCCUAGCCGAAUUCAACGCCCGGUACGACUUCAUCUCCUCGCGCAACGACACCUACUACAUCCUGGUCAUCUGCGACGAGACGUCGACCGUCGUGGGCACGGGCGCGGUGAUCGUGGAAAGGAAAUUCAUCCACAACAUGGGCCUCGUGGGCCACAUCGAGGACAUUGCAGUCGCGAAGAACCAACAGGGGAAAAAAUUGGGUCUCAGAAUCAUCCAGGCCCUGGACGCGGUGGCCGAGAGAGUCGGUUGUUACAAGAGUAUUUUGGACUGCAGCGAGGCGAAUGAAGGGUUUUACGUGAAAUGCGGGUUUAAGAGGGCUGGGUUGGAGAUGGCGCAUUAUUACGAGCAGGGUCCCAAGUCGAGUUAUGAGAGGUCGUGA